AUGGGGAUAUUGAGAGGUCGUGUUUACUUAGCCUACAGAGCAUCAAGCGAUCCAUUAAAAAUGCACAGAGCACUCCGCAUAGUGAAGUCCAACACCGACAUCUCUGGUGAUUACACGUGUGUCGUUUCAACAUUCAUGGAAGAGGAUUCAAGAACGAAGCAAAUGAUUGUUUUUGUACCAGAGACGAACUUCCGCCUGAUCCAGAACAAGACUGACAAUGAUACUGUGAACGUCAUAUGUGCUGCGGACGGAGCGUUUCCUGCGCCAAACCUCACGCUAGCCACACCAAAAAGUAAAAAUACCCAAUUGGGCGAGAUCUCGGAAAACUCGUAA